CGUCUAACUGCUCUCUUUUCCCAUAUCAUCAUGCCUGUCUAACAGAUCUUGAUCGCUUCACUCGAUUUUACGCAACUACUAUGCUCCCUAUCAAUUCAACUACACGCAAGCGUGCCGUUUCUCAUUCUUCCUAUCAAGUCGGCCACCAUCAUCGAACCUUGGAACACGAACCCCUUCCUUCAUCUUCCGCUCAACCAACUACCCCUCCCCACUCCCUGCCCAGGUCCGGCUCACGACAUCCUUAUGUACCCCACAAUACCCCAGAUCGCAUCCUUCCCCCCUUUGCAUCCCUGCACAAUAUCAGUGCUCAGUCUAGCCCCGUCACCUCCCCGUCCUCCGCACAUGCCAGCAGCAGUCGCUUUACUGACUCACAAUCGUCAUUCACAUCAGAAUCUGCCAGCGCUAUAACCGAUCCUCGCUCAGUAUUCGAAGACAAUAGGGUGCCUGCAACGUCAUCUCGUCCAUAUUUCGGUACUCCUUCGUCCCCGGCUACAAGCGGUCGGUCCAGAUCCAUUACUGAAUCUGAUCUUCUCCCUAUACACGGCGUCACUCGCAAACGUGCGUCAAAAUGUCCAUCUUCUCCCCAUCCCCGCGCCGUGCCCGAUUCACCCAAUGUCGCUACCCUGGAGACCCCUGAGUCCCCUGUUGCUAUGGGCAUCAAGUUCCUCCUUAGCAAGCCUGCACUCCCGUCCCCCACCCGUCUAUCAGGCCCAUCCUUACCUUCGCGGCCCCCAACCCCUCCAAAGCCCAGACCCCAUCCCCACGGCUUGCCAUUCCCCGGAUACUCGCAUCCGGAUCAUCCUACGAGGGCGAUCACUUCGCCUUCCACCAGCCCGCCAUUCAUAAGCCAAGACAGCCUUUCAUUGUCUACCAAUUCUGUGCCUACAAAGGAGAAGGACCAAAAGCAGCGAAAUGUUCUUCGUAGGAAGCCGUCUGCGAAGGCCAAAGAAAGAAUCCAACGAGAGAUGGAACUAAGACGGAAAUUGACGUCUGCCUCCCCCUCGCAUUAUGCCCAUGAUUCUACGUCCAAAGACACUUCAUUGAGUGUUGUUCAGCCAUACAAGGAACGACACGACGGAUCUUCAGUGCAGCUUACCGAAGGACCUUCUGAACCCGACCCUCGAUCGCCUUCUCCUAUCCCAUAUUAUACUGUCUACGGCACCCAGUCUGAAUUCAGAAUUACUGCGGGAGGGCCGGAUGAUAACAGAAAUUGGUCGUUGCACGCUCAUGUCCUUGCCGAACAGCGGGCCCAAACACUUCACUCCGAUCCGAGUAGAAGCCUUUCGAGGAAGGGAAGCCUCUCGAGAAGAAUGUCGAGUAAAUGGAAGAAGGCAACGGGAGGAGGCGUUAAGGCUGACGAGUCUCCCUUACGUGAACCUUCAAUUGGCCGAUCAAGUUUACAAGACGGCCAUUCUUUCUGCUCUCUCAAUGACCGCGGACAGCUCACAAAUGCAGGGGAGUCUGGUAAGGGCCACAUCCGCUCAGCGACCGACCUGCAGGGCAAGUCAGAGGGUUCUAAGAUUUGGAAGCUCAUGAAACGGAUCAGCACGGGCGGGCUUCGUGAGCGCUUUCACGCUGAUACGACUGUGCCACCUGUCCCUGCCAUUCCAAAAGAAUUACUCAACACACCCCCUCCCCGGUCCCAGACGGUGCAAACAGACGCGCAGGCCACGUCACAUAGAUCUUACAGCGUAUCUAUGCCAAGGAGUAUCGCUGGCUCAGGCCCACGGCCGAGCAUGGCAACGUCCUCGUCUUCUCCUAAUUCAUCCGAAAUAGCUUCGGCAAGUUUCUUUCGUAUGUCACACUCGAGGGGAUCGUCAGUCUCCUCAUAUGGAGAGGAGACUGUGCCGCGUCUUCCCAGCAUGGGGGAUCGCCAUAUUGUCUCCCCACGGGAGCUCCACCAAAUUAUAGGUGAUUACACAGAAGUUCAGGGCACGACGUCAUAUUCUGGCAGGCCCAGUAAUUCUAGCGAUCGAAGCAGUUCUAGCGGUCGAAGCUAUUCUGGGCGAGCCACGCCAACCGCAGAAGGCAAAGGUGAUGAUCAGCAGGAAACCUCGCCACGUAUACAUACAUCCCCGAUUACGCACCCCAUUCAUUCAUUAACGUCUCUCAGAACACGCAGGCUUGUCGAGAAGCCGUCUACGGCCGCACACACUCAUUUACUUCCCGAUGGAAAUACCUCACUUUCUCCACCACCACGGCCUGCUCGAGGUGUGGCGUGCUCAAGGAGGUUGUCGGAGAGCAAACAUUUGCCCUCCCAAUCCACAUUUACUACUACUGAUGAAAAAUCCAACUCACGAAUAUCUCUACGGGCGCCCAGUACCCUUAGCGACGCAUCUACUGCUAAGAUUCAGACACGGUCAAGGUCAUCCACUUCCGCGUCCAAAGACUCGUCGUCCUCUCAGCAUCGGUCUGCCGUCAACUACCGCGAACUCAAAGCCGCCCGCCCUCCACCCCUCACAGAGCGCGAGAAGGCUGAUAUCUGGGAUGAUCUCCUCAAGCGUAGUGCGCAAGCGGGAGGAACGCUCCACCUCGGUGGUGGUGCCGAACUUGAGUCAGAUAAUUUACGCUUUUCGGGCUACUCUGAGCUUUCAUGAUACACCGGCCACGCUUCCACCGAUAUGAUACCCAGCGACACAUUUACUAUGUAAUGCAGUUCUAAUCUAAAUGAGCUAAUUAUAAUAGGUCUUGAUGUCGUUUAACGUUCUUUGUUCCGUAGUAGCAAUACCCUGUUGUCCAUGUAUUUGUUCAAGUUAAACGAUGUUGAUUGUCCCAGCGUUUCUAAUAUAACUACCCUCAUUACAGCCGUGUGCCAAACCCAUCUCUCGCGCUCAUGAUCUAUACGACGCUGGGGACAUCCUUCACAUCCGUUUUACUUGUCUCUCUCAAAUCCAUGGCAGGUGAUGAACUGCCAAAAUCCCCCAGGUAAUG